AUGCAGCUCCUCACAGCCAUCCCUCUUCUUGUCGCCGCCCUGGCUACGGCAGUCGAUGCCGGCGGCUUCAUAAAAACAUGUUCGGUCACCGCUGUUGCCGACGCCUUCCUGUUCACCGUGUGCGACAAAGAUAGCCACGCCAGCAAGCUAGAUCUGAACCUUUGCUACGCGAAUGAUCACGGAAAAAUUGUUCCUCGCAACAACGGCCACUUCCACAAAACCUGCAAAGACUGUAUCGUACAACGCGAUGGUUGGAUGACGUGCAAGUGUCAAGAUGGCCGUGGCGGUGCGCCGGAGUCGAAAAUCAACCUGGAUGAACUCAUCACCAACUACGAUGGCCGUAUCGGCUGCUAUACACACCUCGGAACCUGA